AUGCCCCGCGGCUCCGCGCCGAUCACUCCCGCCGCUCUCUAUUGUUCGUGUGGUCUCCCUUCGCACGUCAUCUUCAAUAACGCACCGAGUCCGCCGCUCCGCUCCCGCUCCCGCUCCCCGUUCCCGUUCCCCCCGUUCGCCACCAUUCCUCAGCAGCGUCAGCCUCCGCCGGAUCCUCUCCAACCUCUGCGCUUUCUGCAAGGGGCGAGAAUGGGAAACAUCUGCAUUGCCCCCGUGUUCCGGUCAUAUGCCCUCCGAGGCGCGGAUGGACGUGACAGUGUGUGUGCGUCUUCGAGUAUCUCAUCUUGCACCGAGUGUCUCAGACACGGACCGCAGUGUGCCUGGUGCUUCAUGGAAGGCUUUCUGGAGGGAGCGGGGAUCGGGCAGCGUUGUGACCUGCCUCUGAACCUGCUCAGGAUGGGCUGUGGGCCAGAGUUCAUAGAGCAUCCAGAGGUCAAGGUGGAGGUCAACGCCACACUCAGCAGCACACAGGUGUCGCCAAGACUCAUCACCAUCACCCUCCGACCAGGUGCAGAAGCCAGUUUCAUAGUGGCGGUGAGCCAGCUGGAACGUUACCCUGUGGAUCUGUACUACCUGGUGGACGUAUCAGCAUCAAUGCAGGAGAACUUAGACCAGUUGAAUACAGUGGGUGUGGCUCUGUCCCACCGUAUGAAAGAGCACUCCUCAGAUUUGCAGCUGGGCUUUGGAUCCUUUGUUGACAAACCUGUGUCCCCCUACAUCAACGUCCACCCCUCCAAGAUCAGCAACCCAUGCAGUGACUAUGAGAUCCGGUGCCGCCCGGCCCACGGCUUCCACCACGUCCUGAGCAUGACGAGCAACAUAACCGAGUUCACGCGGGUGGUCAAACGCCAGCGCAUCUCAGGCAACAUGGACACACCUGAAGGAGGGCUGGACGCUAUGCUGCAAGCCGCUGUCUGCCAGCGAGAGGUAGGCUGGCGGCCCGAAGCAAAGCGUCUGUUGCUGCUGAUGACGGACCAGCCGUCCCACUUGGCCCUGGACAGUCGACUAGCAGGCAUCGUCACGCCUCAUGACGGCCUCUGCCACCUGGACAACAACAUCUACACAGGGACCACAAGAAUGGACCACCCCAGCAUGGGUCAGUUGUCUGAGAAGCUGUUAGAAAACCACAUUCACGCCAUCUUUGCUGUGGAGAAGCAACAGUAUCAGUGGUAUGAGGAGUUGGUAAAGUUAAUCCCAGGCUCCUGUCUGUGGAAAGUGGGCUUCUUCCAGGCCCUGAACCUCAUGGAGAUGGUGGUGAACGCGUACAAGAGGUUGUUGUCAGAGGUGGAUCUGUCUGUGUCGGUGGAGGACAGGGCGUUCAGCAGGUUCUGGCUGUCUGUUUCUCCCAUGUGUCCUGACGGAUCCGUAGCUAAAGACUACGGCUGCUCUGGGGUGCAGCCCAACCAGACGGUCUACUUUAAUAUCACCAUUGGCUUGCGCUCAUGUUCUGCUGAUCAGGAAGAUGACGAUGUAACAGUGUCUGUUCGGCCCGUGGGCUUCAACGAGUCCACCAUCGUCAGGGUCCGCUCCCGGUGCCGCUGCAGUUGUGGACCGGAGGGACGCUGCCGUGACUCCAGCGAAUCACAGUGCAGAGGGUCUCCAGACGAGCCAAAUCAGGAGCAGGAACCUGACAGAGGACAGAAUAUGGACUCAGACAGAAAGCUGGACUCAGGCUCAAAUCGAACACACGCCUGUAGGGCCGACGGGUCUGACGUGGACUGUAGCGGCCGGGGAGUGUGCGAGUGCGGGGUGUGUGCGUGUGAGCAGAGCCGGCUGGGGAUGGUGUACGGAAAGUACUGCGAAAUGGAUGACUUCUCCUGCCCGUAUGAAGAGGGACUGCUGUGUGGAGGUCGGGGUGUGUGUGUGUCAGGGGAGUGUGUGUGUGAUGAGGGCUGGACAGGCGAAAGCUGCGGUUGCCGCAUAGCGACGGCGGCCUGCCGAUCUGCAAACGACGAGCUGUGCAGCGGGCAUGGCAGUUGUGUGUGCGGCACGUGUGUGUGCCACGACCCCAAGUACUCCGGGACCCUCUGUGAGAGAUGCCCCACCUGCCGCAGCACCUGCCAAUCACACUGGAAAUGUGUUGACUGCCACCUGUCUCAUGGUCUGAUGCACCCAGAGGCGGGACACUGCAACCACACUUGUGCACCAUUGGUUGGCUAUGUUGAUGAUGUCACAGGUCCAGUAAGGGAGAUGUGGAGCCAGUGUGUGUAUGUCAGGAACAGUGACAGCUGUCGCUACAGGUUUCAGACAAGCUCAGAGCCUGGAUGGACCCAGCUCCGCAUCAGCACACACCCAGAGUGCUCUAGUAGCGGUCGACUGGUGGGGACUUUCCUUAGCGUGUGUGCUCUCACAGUGCUGUGCGGGCUGGUGAUUAUGGCCGUGUCCAGGCUGCUGAUGCAAAGGAGAGGCUGGCCACAGGGGGGCGCUGCCCAUGACAACAACUACCACUGUACCGGCAAGGACCUGUCAUACAUCCCUACAUCUAACGAGAAGACGGUGACGUACAGGAGGGACCGCCCCCUCGAUCGCCCCGUGGAGAUGCACAUCCAGGUUCACAAGAUGCCCCUCGGUGACUCCUGGCAGUGCUAGGGCAGAGGUCAAGGUCAGGAGGGAGUCAAAAGCAAUAGGGGCGUAUGGCAGAGGAGUUUAGCUAAAUCUGACAUUUUGAAUGCCACCUGCUGGCCGCCUCCAGGUCCUCCGGGACGCGACGCAGCUCCAGAGACUGACAGCCAUGUAGAAGAGUAAACUUUACUGUGAGGGUGCUGUGGAAUCAUGUCUGUACACUUCAGUAGUGAAAUCUCACUGACCAAACUUAUUGACUGUGUGGCUAUAUGGCCAGUAUUUUGAAAAUGUUGGAGGAGAGGAGGAGAGA